AUGGCAGAAGCCAAAAAGACGUUAGGGCAACCUUCAUCUGCCACUAGCCCUGUGGUCCCCACUCCUGCACCGGAAGGUUCUGUAUUGCCAACCUCGGAAGACGUCGAGGUUUACCCCGGCCACUAUUGGACUGCCCAGCCGUGGGACGAUGACAAUGACUCGGCGCAAGGCGAUGAUGCGGCUACCUCUACCUCUUCCAUCACAUCAUCUAUCCUGAGAUACCGGACAGUCAACGGCCGGACAUAUCACAGCGAUAGCAUCGCAACCAACAAGUACUGUGACUUUGCCGACUUACACCCUGACGCCACGGUAACCGGUACCGAUUUAUCUCCUAUUCAGCCCUCAUGGGUCCCGCCGAACGUUAGCUUCGAGAUCGAAGAUUUUACCCAGCCGUGGACAUUUGCGCGAGAGUCAAUCGACUUUAUCUACGGACGUUGGUUGAUAGGCUCCGUAACGGACUGGACGGCCUUAUUUAAGAAUGCCUUCGAAGCAUUGAAGCCAGGUGGCUGGUUCGAAACCUUUGACUUCAAUGGCUUCUUUGAGUCUGAUGAUGGUUCCUUGACCGACAAGGCUGCUGCCAGCCAGUGGGGUUACAUCUUUCGAGAGGGUGCAAAGAAGCUUGGCUCAACGGCCUCUUUCACGAUAAUUAGCGAUAAUGUGCAGCAGAAAGGCCUCAAAGAGGCGGGCUUCAUUAACAUUCAAGAGCACCCAAUGAAGGUCCCUUGCUCCGAAUGGCCAGAAGACCCAAAGCUGAAAGAAGUUGGCUUGUUUAUUCGAGCUGCCUGGGAAAACGAUCCUGAGGGUUUCAUGGGCUUCAUGGCGAGUACGAUUGGUUGGUCACCAGAAGAAAUUACUGUCUAUUGCGCUCACAUGCGUCGCGAGCUACGCAGCCUGAAGAUCCGUCUUUACUACAAAUGUAAUGUUGUCUGGGCCCAGAAACCAUACUCCUGA